GUCGCCAUUUUCCAAGAAUGUCAGCCAAAUCAUCAGCUCUCAGUUUAUGUUAAAAUUUUAUGUUAUUUUACGUGAAAACACCGUAAUUUUGUUCUAAAAUAUCGUUUUAUCUAUUAAAAACAAAAAUGGACCGUUUUAUAAGCAUGUGGAAAGUGAGGGAGUUGGCGGACAAAGUUACAAACGUAGUUAUGAACUACACAGAGGUGGAGGGUAAAGUCCGGGAGGCUACCUCAGACGAGGCGUGGGGCCCCACUGGUCAGCAGAUGCAGGAGCUGGCGCUGGCCACCUUCACGUACGAGCACUUCCCAGAAGUGAUGUCGAUGCUGUGGCGACGGAUGCUGCACGACAACCGCUCGCACUGGAGGCGCACCUACAAGUGCCUACUCUUGCUCAGUUACCUAGUAAGGAAUGGUUCAGAGCGGGUAGUAACCUCCGCUCGCGAGCACAUCUACGAUUUGCGCUCAUUGGAGAACUACGCGUACGUCGACGACAUCGGCAAGGAUCAGGGUAUUAAUGUAAGGCACAAAGUGCGCGAGCUCAUAGACUUCAUCCAAGAUGACGAGAAGCUCAGAGAAGAGAGGAAGAAGGCCAAGAAGAACAAGGACAAAUAUAUUGGUAUGUCGUCGGACGCGGCCGUGAUGGGUGUGCGUGGCUCGGGCGGCUGGGGCGAGUACAGCGACCGCGCCGCCAACUGGGAUGAGCCCAAAGAUACGAGACAUGACGAUGAUGAUUAUGAAAGGGCCGAUUCUGACGGAGAGUACGGUCACAGGUGCAGUAAGCCCAGCAAAGAAAACGUAUACCGAGACUCUGAGUCGAGCAGCCCUCCCCGCCCUAGAUCGCCUGUAACCGCAGCCCCUACUACAAGGACGCUCAACAUAUCGCUCAAAAGUCCCGCCAAGCACAAGCCUACUACGCCCGUCAAGAAAAUUGACCUGGGUGCUGCCGCCUCGUACGGUAAAUCCGCAACAGCAACAUCCACAGCAAUUCCGAGCAACAACAAUAAUAACAAUAGCCAAGAAUUGCUGGAUGAUUUGUUCAAAACUUGUGCUCCUACGCCGUCUAAUCUGCCGCUGGAGGACGACUUCGAUCCAAGAGCGGAAGAAGAAACUAUCGGCAAGGAAGCGUCAGAUUUUGGUGAAUUCGCGGCGGCAUUCUCCCCGCCACCGCCGACUCCUAUAUCUGCCCCGGCGGCAGAAUUCGCCGACUUUUCUGCCGCAUUCAGCAGCACCCAGACGCAACUUAACACAAACUUAAGUGCGCCAGCAAUCCCGGCAUCGAACCUGGAUCUCUUGAGCGAUCUGACCGCUCCACCACCGCCGGGUAUACAACCCGUGUCCCCUCUGGACGUGCUGACGUCACAAAUGGCCACCACUACUCUGCAGCCCACGUUGCAACCCACUCAGCCACUAGGACCGCGCCCCAUAUCGCCCGUAGCGAAAGUGGUGCCACCCAAACCGGCGCCCAAACUUGGCGCCACUUGGGCAGUGGAGUCUGCCGCCGUCAACAUCGACGUCGACAACCUGUUAGCCCCACGGUCCCCUAAAUCUGGCCCCGCGCCCACCAUCAACCAGCUCAAAUCCUCCCCAUCCUCCCCUGCCCAACGACCCCUCCCCUUAAACCAACCAUUUUACCCCAACAAUAACUUCGCUAACUUCAACAAUAAUGUCCGACCCUCAUUCGCUGAUCAAGACUUCCUCCAAUGAUAUUGGGCGUUGGCAGACGUUUGCCAGAAUGGUUGAGUGCGAUAACAGCGUUUUGUAAUUACCAUAAUUUGAUAAUUACCCCCUUUAGUUUUUCAUCAAAUUAAU